AUGGAUAUUCAAAGCGAUUCAAAACAGUCCUUCGUCUUGCCGAAGUUGAAGUACAAAUUCAAGACUUCUCCCGAAACCGACCGCUUUGCAUUCUACGAUGUCAAAUUCUUUCCCUAUGCAAGUCCCGACACGGAAGAGCCCGUUUUUGCGGUUGUGGCUCAGAGAAAGGUCUUGAUCGGCCGGCUGUCAGCCGAAAACAACGCCGUGGUGACAAUGCUCCACGAACUGGUGGAUCAGCAAGAAACCGACAAUCCAGACUCGCCCGGGUUGAACUCAUGUUCAUGGUGUUACAUCGACCCGCAGUUGCCCUUGCUCGCUGUGGCCGGGGGAUCUGGUCAAUUGAAAGUGAUCAAUGCCGUUGACGGGGAGCUAUUCAAGACAUUGAUUGGCCAUGGACAUGGGACCAUCAACGACAUUGCAACUCACCCUUUGUAUCCCUGGAUUGUUGCUACCGCUUCGAUGGAUAAGAGCCUUCGAAUCUGGGAUAUAAGACGACAUUCAAGCCCACAUCAGUCGCCCACCAUAAUCAUCUGCGGCCAAGCAACAGGACAUUGUGAAGGGGUCUUGACUGUAUCAUGGCAUCCCAGUGGUCGCUAUCUAGUCACGGGAGGCCACGAUCAACGGGUUUGUGUUUGGACGAUCCCGGAUCUGGCCGACGAAUCAUCCUUUUGGCACCAGAUCUCUUCAGAAGGCAGAAAACGCAGUGCCCAUGAAGUCUUCACCAUCUACUAUCCUCACUUCAUCAGUUCCGGAGUCCACUCCAAUUUUGUGGAUUGUGCUCGCUUCUUCGGCGACCUUAUUGUGUCGAAGGCAGCAGGUGAAGACAAGAUAGUCCUGUGGAAAAUCACAGGGUUCGACUCUUGGGAACCUCCUCCCGACUCGACCACGGCGCCUAAGACGGAAGAGUUUCUGGACACACGGAACGGGUUUAUGCGCAAGAUAUACCGAGACGAGAGGGGCGUGACGAAGGUGAGAGUUGCCGAAGAGUAUGAAGAUCAACCGCUAUAUGAAAGACUACUUGAGUUUGAAACUCCUCGGGUCGAGCAGUUCUAUCUUCGCUUCGGCCUGUUAACGCCAUCGCCCGAUCACCCUGACCUACAUCCGGUUCUGGCUUUCGCCAAUGCAUCAUCGGAAUUACGGCUUUGGGACCUUGAGCGACUGUCACUGGGACAUGCUGGCGGCCUUGACGAUGGUAGAAUCAUGCAGACGAUCAAGAAGAAAUUGCAAAAAGGCGUUGCUCGGCCGGUCAAGCCCCAAGAACGUCUUCAGCGAAUGCGCAGCAGCUCCCACAGCUUGCGCGACAAUGAUUCUCCUUUGUCUACGGAAUCGAACCAUAGUUCUGGAGGCUGGCCGCGACAAAGCUCGACGGAGGCAACCAGCGAGAUCUCUGACCCAGUGUCACCCGCUACCCCUCAGAUUCUGAUGCCAUCCCGUGACCGGGAAAGAUAUCCCAUUCACGACGCACAUGAGCCCCUGAAGCCUCAUGCGAAAGUCUCAUUAGGUGAAAUGCAAUUUAAGAACGUUGCAUACUUCAACGCCAGAGCAGCUGAUUGGAGUCCUUGUGGAAGAUGGUGUAUCGUGGCUGGCGAGUCUGCAAAAGCUUCUCCUACAGGAAUGGAAGGCAUUGGAGGGUUUGCGGUCCUGCACCGGUGA